UUUUAAUCGCAGUUGCUUCCCACACUAUUUGAAAUUCGCGAAUCGAUGUUCUAUCGCGAGAUAUGACUAAUCGAUACAUCGAUUCUCGAUGCUGAAAGCAGACGACAAAACCGCGUGCUAGCGAAAAGAGACGCCGACAGGCAGAUUGUCGCGAGCUGCGCUAAAAGAUUGUCGAAAAUUAUAAUAAAAGAUUGUUGCGAACAGCGCACUAAGUUAUACGUGAUUAGCGUUAUUUCUUUGUUAAAAUCACUGUUCUUUUGUGUUAUAAUAAAUACUAAAUUAAAUAUAACUUCAUUUGUUCGGUUAUUGUUGUUAAUAGUGUUCGCUUCGCAUUCUUAAUAAGUAGAGAUUCCUCAUCGCAGAGAGCCGGCGAUUCACAGCGAUUCAACAUGGAUUCAACCGACAACAACAACGCCAACAGCUUGUCCAGCCUCCCCGAGAUUCCAAUAACUCGAAUUUCUGCAAUCUCUGAUAAUGGAAGCCAACUGGAGUUCGACCAGCAAUUGUCCGGUUUCAUGAUGUUAAAUAAAGUAAAUCUUGAAUACAUCGUGAAUUCGCGACAAGAGUUUUCUGAACAGCUGAUAGAAGCUAACCAAACUAUCAGCACACUUCGCGAAAAACUUGCUGCAGCCGAAGCAACACCGUCCACCAGUGGUAUCACCAACAUGGCUGCGCAUUAUAAAAUGUUGUCAGAUUUGGUCCAAGAGAAGCAAAACCUCGCAGAUCAACUUGCGAAACAUAGAGAAGAAACUGCUCAACAGCUUUCGAAAAAUGAAGAGGAAAUUGACCACUUCAAGUCCGAAGCCGCGAAAUUGAAGCAGAAAGCCGAUUCUUACGAAGCAGACUACUACUCGCUAUUAGAUGACUACAACUACACAGAAAAAUUGUAUCAUCGUACCCGUGAUCUUUUCAGACACAAAAUUUCUGAAGUCUUCAAGAUACAGUCAGAACUUCGCGAGAUAAGAAUUCGACCAAGAGCCCCAAAAGGAUGUCUUAAUUGUGGCGAACAUGGUCACAGCUUCAAAGUUUGCCGAAAAGCGUACAAUAAACGCUUCUGCCAAAAAUGCUACAGCCCAGACUUCUGCACCGACGAAUGCCCAUGGCCACAUGUCGCGGAGGAAAAGUUCGAUUUCCCUGAACAUCAAAGAUGCAAAGGAUGCAAGCGACCCAAAAACCUGCCCGAUGUCAACUGCGGCGAAUGUCGUAGAAGAGAAAUAGAGCAAAGAAUCGCGAACAGAGACCAGCAAUUGCUCGAAGUCAACAACCAAGUCAGCAACCUGCAAGUCACUCCCAAGCCGCCUCCCGCACAAGCCAAUGGUGCAAUCCCAAAACAAAUUUCCUUACCAAAGCCCAAAGAAAUUCCAUCCAAGUCGUUGUCCCGCGCAGAAAUGGCUCUACGAACAGUAAUAUGUAAAUACGCAGAGACCACUGUGAGAACCAGCCACGGAAGCCAGCAGUGAUAUUUCCACACUGAGAGAUUCCGCAAUGCGAGAGCCGUCUUCAGCGUUACCACUUUCAGAGAUUGCUAUCGAGAACGAGACCCGAGAUCCAAACAAAGUUCUCUCACCGUUCGACUCAGAUGACAACAACGCUGAAUUAUGGAAAACAUUGUCUCAAGCCUACGAACUAGGAAUCAACGACGAAGAAGAAGAGUGAACCGCGAAAAUACGCACACAAAAAAAAACUAUAACAGUGCUUAAAGACACUUUUUGUAUUAUUAAGUUUCUCAUUAAAAUUUUAUUUUCUUUAUAAUCGCAAUGGCCAAUUAAGAUGGACCGAUAUUGCGAAAAUUUGUGUGUUUUGCUAAUCAUGUUUCUUUCAGCGUCAAAAAUCGAAUGCAACAGUAACUUCGAUUAAGUAGGGGGAAAUGUAACAAACCGAAUUGAUUUUAAUCGCAGUUGCUUCCCACACUAUUUGAAAUUCGCGAAUCGAUGUUCUAUCGCGAGAUAUGACUAAUCGAUACAUCGAUUCUCGAUGCUGAAAGCAGACGACAAAACCGCGUGCUAGCGAAAAGAGACGCCGACAGGCAGAUUGUCGCGAGCUGCGCUAAAAGAUUGUCGAAAAUUAUAAUAAAAGAUUGUUGCGAACAGCGCACUAAGUUAUACGUGAUUAGCGUUAUUUCUUUGUUAAAAUCACUGUUCUUUUGUGUUAUAAUAAAUACUAAAUUAAAUAUAA